UUGACCGGCUUUCUCCGAGGCUCAGACACAAUGAACCGUCAGACGGAGAGGGGCACACGCGUUGGGCCCGGGGCAUUAGCAUGAUUUUAUAACAUUAAUAUUUUUAACCGUGCCUUGAUAGCGCUUUUUAAACUUCCUCUUAAACUGCUGACACACCGUAUGACCGCAUCAACUCUCGACUGGAAGCAGGUUGGACGUCGAGUUUGAGGAGAACGAGGUCGGGAGCAGACCAACGUCACAGUUUGCCCCUCCUAGCGAGACUUUUCGUUCUUUUUUUACCCCCGCGGACACACACACACACACACACACACACACACACACUAAAAAACCCCGAAACCAAACAAGAUAAAAAUGUCGCUGCCUGCUUCGUCUGAUUACUUCGCCGCGGAGUGUCUCGUCUCGAUCUCCAGCGGUCCCGUCCUGCACAGACCCACUCCGGUGGCCCCCGCCAGCCAGCCCGUCCCGGUGGGCCUUCACCCCGGGGAGCCCGACGGGUCGAGCGAGGACAGGGAAGUUCAAGAGACGCUGAGGCUGGAGGGAACCAACAUGAUGACGGUGGCCGGGAUCCUCACCGACCUGCACAGCAAGUUCCGCCCGAUGUCGGCCUACUCGGAGAGCAGCAACUCCUCGUGCGGUGGGGAGAGCGGGUACACCACGUUGUCCGACCCCACCACCCCGACCAUGACCCCCUCCGCAACACCCGUCCCCGGACAGCAGCAGCAGCAUCUCCAGCAGCAGCCCCGCCGAGGGGCCGGGGGAGUCGGGCCUCCGCGGUCCCCCGUCAAGCGACAUCAGUGCACUUUUGACGGAUGCGACAGAGUUUACGGGAAAUCAUCGCACCUGAAGGCUCACAUCCGGACACACACAGGUGAGAGACCCUUCCCCUGUACCUGGCCCAAGUGCGAGAAGAAGUUCGCCCGCUCCGAUGAGCUUGCCCGCCACACCCGCACCCACACGGGGGAGAAGCGCUUCCUGUGCCCGCUGUGCGACAAGCGCUUCAUGCGCAGCGACCACCUGAUUAAGCACGCCCGCCGUCACCCUGACUUCCAGCCCUCCUUGCUGGCUCGCUGCAAGGCCACGCUCGCCUCUUCACGCUAACUCACCCACACCUAGGAGGGCGCUUACGUGAUGUCCGUUUCAAAGUCAACCAGCUACAAUCAAAUCCACUGGGCCGUACUCCAAAAAACACAUGCACACACACGCAAGGAAGAGGUGAACAUCUAAGAAAUCUCCCCAUUUCGGUCCUCACUUCCCCAAAAAAUGAACUCUUCGGACCUAGCGCUCUUGUUACCUGGUUGCACAUGCGUGUAUAGAAGUUUACAGAACAGGCAGAUUGGACUGAGCCUUCUGAGGUGUUAGAGCUUUACUGCAGGUGGGUAGAAAUUACGCAGCGCUGCGUGAAACUGAACUUAUGCAAGAACAAAAGAGGAAGUGCUUUUAGAGAUUCACCACAGAACGGCAGAUGGAUGGAUUUUCUCCAGAACAUAGUUGGUUCCUCACCACCACCCUGAAAUUUAAAGGUACAAAAUGCCUGUAAAAUUCAGUCAUACCAAGAAACAUUCCUGAAGCUUGCCUCCAACAUAACGUUAAUACUGAUUCCACCUUUUCUAACCAAAAAAAAACCAACAACCCACAACUCACAGAAUACCUCAUUGUUUAACGCAGGUUCACGGCAGCACAAUCAGUUUCAGUCCUGAUGCUUUCUCUUUAGCUUCAACGAGAACGGUGGAGUGCAUCUUAAGCCAUACAGAACUCCGAAUCCUAACGUCUCAGAUUCAAACACUUUUUUGCAAGUUGCAGGGAUUUUUCACAUUUUCUUUCAUUUCUGUAAAAAAAAAAAAAAAAAAAAAAAAAAAAGGAAAAAAAGAUGAUAGUCAUUCCCCUCAUUCAGAUUUUCACUGGUUUCUCAUGGUUCAUCCUUAGGGCUAAGCGUUAAGUUUGUGAUAUUAGGUAGCUGGGCGGUGACUAGAACUUUUUUUUUUUUUUUGCUGUUGCUUUGCUUUUUUUGAGUCCUAGCAAUGAACCAUUCACCUUUAUUCAUUUUUAGUGACUAUAUGGGGAAUAUCUUGUCGAUAUUUCCAGCCGAUCGCAUCGUUUGGUCGGGAAGCUGAACACACCUCUCUGUAGACAAGCAGUUUGCACACCACUCUGAAGGCUAGAAUCAUUAUCUUCACAUAAUACGCAGCAGUGUUAUGUCUAAUAUUGAUGCAAUUGUAUAUAAGCUUUAAGCUUUUAAUGUAGAAUAAAUGGUAAUGCUACUAGCAGCAGAAAUGAUACAUGUAGUCCUUAUAUUAGGGGUAAUAUUAUGCUAGAUAGUUUGGCGUUGCCAGUGAGAGUUGGUGUGUGUGUUUUCUUUUUUUUUCCCCAUAUAUUUUGAAAGGAUAGUGAUUGAAAUUGUAAGUGUGUGUGUGUGUGUGUGUGUGUGUAAAAGUUGGACUUUUUUUAAACUUUUCUCAGCGGAGAAGAGAAUGGAUGUGUUUAGCUCGGUGCUGCCUCCAGAUUAAAAGCGUUCGAUCCUUUGGCUUUGUGGGACCAGAUGGUAGAAUGCGUGGAAGUGCGUGGGAUCAGGUGUGCCAGAUGGAUUUUUUUCCCCUCUCUCCUUCUUCAUCUUCUUUUCCUUCCAAUGCAGAUAAACAAGUUGUACAGGUUACACUGGAAGAAUAAUCUGAUUGCAACAGUUUUUUUUUUUUUUUUUUGUGGAAAUACAAACAUGGGUGCUAGGUAUUUGGAUCAUCGGCACUGAAGAAGAGCUGGUGUCUAAUAAGAUGGAAACAAAACAUGGCUGCCGUCACCUGACCUGACUUUAGUAAACGAAAGCAGCCAACAAUUCUGACUGCUAUAUUGUCAGACCCGACAUGUUAAAAUGAGUUCAGUCUGGUGCUGCUUGCUUUGCUGCUUUGUCAUUAUGCAGAGUUACAGUUUUCAUCACUCUUCAGUCAAAGUUUCAGUGGAGAAGAAAGAAUGUGCAGGUUAUUCCUACAUUGUUAGACAUCCAGACAUUCACUGAUAUGUGGAAGAGUAUUAUGGCUACUGGCAAAAAAAAAAAAAAAAAAAAGGAUUCAUAAAGUCUGGGAAUAAAGUUGGAAUUCUGGGAUAAAAGUCAGAUUUUCAUUCAUUAUUAUUAUUUUCCAGAGGCCGUAAUCCCCCUCCAUAGAUAUCCGUUAUAACUUGUAGGUAAAAACAUGUAUUGUGGGUACAAUAUAUGUUAUUUACCAGCAUGAAGUUGCUACUAGUUUACUUUGCGCACUAAGCACAUUAAUUGGCAUAUGGUCCAUUUUGAGUUACAUUAAAUUACUUUUUCCGACCCAAAGCACAAAUUAUCAUAAACCCAUAGCAACUAUAAGUAGAGGGAUGGCUGUUUUAUCUGGGAACAAAAUGGCGAAGCAGCAAAAGUAACCCAGAACCAUUUUUGUCAAACGAAGACAUGCACCAAAUAAAACGCUUAAAAUUUGUUGCAUAAAACCCUCCAAAACAUUAGAAAGCAAAUCAUUCAGGAAUUAGACGGAGCAGGUGUUCUGAUGGCAGAUAGUCAGAACACUGGGCCAACAUGUUUAAAUAAAGAAUACAAUUGACCAAAGUAUUGUAGUAAUUAUUUAAAAAUACAGUUACGUCAAUGUUAUUUGUAACAUUUAAAAUGCCUUCACAUACCCUUAGCAGGUGAGCACGUGCCUCUUUUUUCAUACUCCACCCGAACAGGUGUUUUACUCCGAGGCACACAGUUUUCACUAAAGCCUGAAGAGGGCGACGUAGAGCUAGGAAGAGACAAAAAAAAGAAGCGAACGAGCUAGACUCGAGAAUCGAUGUAUCCUCGUCCCUGCUAGAUGAAUUAUUCCCACGGGGAAAAUGAUAAAUCUCUCUUCGCUGCGUUGUUGUUGCUGUUGUUGUUGUUCUUCUUCUUCUGCUCGAGAGUUGGCUUUUUUGUGUGAAUGGCGCUACCUUUUGGUUGGGUUUUUUAUUGCUGUCGAAGCGGGCAGCGUGAGCAGUUUGGAGCAACAGGUUCAUUGCGCCACUUCCUGUUGCGUCACAUGUAAGGGGCUUUUAACCGAAAAAUGUUCGCGACUGAAAAUGUUAGUCAUUCUGAAAACCGGACUUUGGUACCAGUAACCGGGCCACGUCUGUUCAGGAGUUUUUGCUUCAGGUGAAGCCAGUCUGUCUCUUGUGUCAGUGAUCCCUACACUGUUGAUCCCACAUUCCUUUUGUCUCAGCGACCACUUCUAUCGGGAGACGUUUGAAAGCCUUAAGCAUCGUCAUGACUACUUAUUCACCGUGUUUACAGCUGCAUCAUCAUAAAGGUGGAUAUUCCAUCAGAAACAUGCAAGAUGGCACUUUUUCCCCCCCUGAAAGAUGCGCAUGGCUGAUGAGUGGAAUGGCUUGCACUGUGACUGAGUCUCUACAAGCAAGCACUGUGGAAACUUUGCUAAUGUUUAUAACAAAUGGUUUGUAUAAAAAGAGAAUAAAACUGCCUUUUCCCCAUUUGCUUUAAAAAGCAAGAUAAACGAACCGGGUAGUCGUUGCUUUUAUUAUUUUUGUUGUUUUUCUUUUUAGUCUUAAGUUAUCCAGGCCAUUUGUUCUUGUGGAAUUUCUUUCGUAGAUGAUUGUUGUUCCUCGAUCCUCCGACGUAAUCUUUUCCAAUUCAAGAUGUCUUCCUCUCUAUUUUUCACAAACGGCAGCAGUUCAAUGUCGGUUCCUCGUCAGUGGGAGCCCGUUGAAGUAAAAAAAAAACAAAGCAACACUGAUAUUUUUAUACACUUUUUUUUUUUGAAGGAGGUUUGCUGCUGGCAGUAACCUUCGAACACACGGACUGUUUUAAACAAAAGGAACAAACACAAUCUACUUCUGUUUUCAGAUGUCCUUCUGUCUGUCCUGGCAGGUGGACGAGUCAGCUGACUUAUAGCUAUAAAAUCACAAGAACAUACCUCACAGUUUUACUUUGUUUUGCAGCGUCGGUGCAGAUUCCCUCCAAUCCUUUCUUUCCAGAAUUCCCAGCUUGUCAUUUAGCCUCGAGUUUUCCGAGGUUUGCUGAAGUCCUUUCAAACGGAUAAAUCAUUCAACUUCCUUUAGGCUUUAGCAAUAGCAGGGGUUUUUUGGGUUUUAUUUUUUCUAAUAAAGGGUUUAACCCAACUGCUGGUUAAUGGAUUGACCUAAAAGUGGAAUUGAUUAGAACACAAAGACUCGGUUUUCUAGAAGACAUUAUCCAGUUUGGAUGAAUCUCUUUUUUUAUAUUAUUGUUAUUUUCUUUUCUGCUUUGAGGGGCAACAAUAUCUCAACCACACUAAUUCAGUUAUGCACACUGUACAGGGAGUGGAUGUGCUGUAUUUUUAUGUUUUAUGAUGGCUCAUUUUUCUACAAUACAUUUUUUUUAAAAUAAAAGCUCUCCUAUUAAAGCUUUAGUUAAGUUCAUUUGGAAGAACUAUGGAAUUAAAUAAUAGCUGCAAACGGCUGUUUUUUAUAUUUAUAUUCUCAGGUGUCUUAAAAUUGUAAGCAUUGGAGUUUCAAAAUUUUCCUGUGCAGCACCAUAAGCAUUUUAUUACUUUUGCUGAUUAAUUUAUUACAUAUCAAAGACGCAUCAUUUAUGUGGUUUGUUUUCAUAACUCAUUUUGUCAUAUGGGACUGUACUAAUAGUACAAUGUUUCAAUGUUUGUUUUACUAUUUCUUGUUUUUUUAAAAUAAAAAGUCUGACGUUCA